UUUGCACCUUAUUGAUGAUUCAUAUUAUACUGUAUACAGGCAAGCAGAUGAGCCCAGAAUCUGAGUUCCAGGAAUAUGCCACAUAAUUAUGUGUUAUGUAAGAAAUAUAUUAGAGGUGCUUUGGGAAAGUUGGUAUCCACGACUAAUUUCUACAUUUUAAUUUUGGUGGAGAUUGUUGCGUGUAAUUGAACUAUUGCAGUGGACAAUGUGAAAUUGUAUAUAAACUUGAUAGAGAGAGACAGAGAAAGGGAAAUGGAUAAUACAGGGUAAGGUUAUACUAGGACAGCGGUUGUUUAUAGAGCAGCGGAUUAUACCCAGAUGUGACAGGGAACGACAGAUAGAAAGCGCAUGCGUACCUGAGCGCGCUGGCGCAUCGUUUUAGUGACGGAACCGCGUCUAGAGAAAGUUGCUGUUUUGACAAAACUACGUUUUACGUAUAUUUACAGGAUAUAAAGAACAAAACGAUUACUCUUAAACGUCUUAAUGGUAAUACUAGCAGUGCUACUGUUACAGUGGUGUAAUUUUCCUUUCCAAAAACAGUAAGUUCUCUGUUUUGUAAUUGUGUUGUUGCGCGUUGAGUCUUUCGAAAAUAGAGAGAAAAAAACUAAAGAGUCACAUAUGGCUUUAAGGCGAUUAAAUGCUCCGGACUGAUGGCAUUUCAACUGCACAUUAGACUGCGAAUAUUCUGGUCAUCUGUUAAAGCUCUAGCCGGUCAUUUGAUUUGUACUUUUUUUUCAGUGCAUUUCCUAAAAUAUCUACUGGGUGUAUCAAUAUAUAAACAAUUUUUUUUUAUGGUAACUUAAAUGCGUUUAUUAUCACAGAAAUCUCUCCCGUAAUAAACUGACGAUCCGUUCAUUUGGCGCAGAGCCUUGGGCAUCAACGUUACGCUUUGCAGAUCGCCAGAUCAUGUUACUGUCCAUCGCGUUGCUUUUACUCUUUCUGUCUCCAUCGAGGAGUUCAAGGCUGUGUAGUCACCUCUGCCAGUGCUAUGAUCACUCAGACUUGGUGGAUUGCCAUGCCAGGGGUUUUGAGGAUGUGCCUCAUGGACUUCCUCAUGGCACCUGGCUUCUGGACCUGGGAGGAAACAAGUUUACGGAGAUCCGGAGUCGAGCUUUCGCUGGACUUUGGUCUCUUCGUAUUCUCGUGCUGUCGGACAGUAGCAUCCAGGAUCUACAAACACACGCAUUCUACUCUCUCUCUUUUUUGGAGAAGCUGGACAUGAGCCAUAACAAUCUCACUCUGAUACCUCCUAAUUUCUCAGAGAGUCUAUCGUCCCUGCGUGAGUUACGACUCGACCACAAUGCACUGGUGCUGCUCAAGUCCCCAGGCUUAGAACAUCUUGAGAACCUUGAGAAGCUGGACCUCAGUCACAAUAGUAUCCACUCCCUGGAACCUGGCGCAUUCCGUGGCCUGUCCCGCCUGCGCCACCUUUACCUGCAAGGAAACCGCCUGUCUGUUGUGCGGCAUGGCUCUCUUACCAUGCUACCCGGGCUAGAGGUGCUGCUCUUGGGGAGCAACAACAUUUCUCGGAUUGAGGUAAAUGCACUAGCACCACUGCACAGUCUGUCUCUGUUGGGUUUGGAAGGGAAUCAUCUGGAACACCUGAAUUUUAAGACCUUCUUGAGCUUGCACACGGCUGCUACACACCUGCAGUUGGCUGGAAACCCCUGGAACUGUGACUGCGACCUGCACCGUGUCUUCAGCAAGCUGCUCAGUGUACGCCAUCUCCACGUGGACGACUAUCACAAUGUAACCUGUCGGGAGCCCUGGCAGCUUGCCGGAGCCUCUUUGGCUUGGGUGGACAGCCAGUUGUGUGUGGCUGAGACCGUUACGGUGUUGGUCAUCACUGUUACUGUGAUUGUGACCGUAUUUGGUGCUUUAAUCAUGGCGGAGAAAAAACGAAAGAAGAGAAAAUACUGGGAGAGUGAGGGGGAAUCACAAGAACAAUGAGCUGAUUUUACAAGACGCUUCUCUCUCAUGACAACCAGCUGCCCUGCUUUGGCGUCCCUUCCCCAGCAAAGAGUAAACACAGAUGGAAUGGAUCUUUAUAGUUAUAGAUGUAAGGAACUGGUUUGGUAUCAUCAGUUCAAACUGGGUUGAUGUGGUAAUGGAGUUGGAGGAUCGCAAAUUGUCCAUGGACAGAAGCUGGUAGAACAGCAUCACAAUAUGCAAUUUGUUAUCAUGAACACAAAUUAUUGACCGGUUUCAGUGACAUCACUUAAUCCUCAAAGCCGCCAUAUUUGUGACCAACAGCGGGAGGAAACAAUGGCGGUGAAUGGAAUAAAACCCGUGAAACGAUAUCCUGAAAAAACAUAAAAAUUCCUUUUGAUCCAUGGCAAGUCUCAAGAAAAGUUCAUACAGGUCUGAAGACAGCACAAAUAAAGCCAUUUAAAUAUAUUCUAUCCACGAUUCAUGAUGUGUAACCGAUGACACUGGUGAUACACCCACCAGUACAUCACCGUAAACUCUCAUUCAGAAGUUACAACUGUUUUGUGUUGUUUUCAGGUCUGAGUUGGUCACAAUAUUACAAAACGUCUGCGAUGAUCCCAUUUGUAUGAAUGUUAGAGCUGCUUUUAACUCCUGAAGAAGGCUUUUAUCGCAUCUCAGACUGCAGCACAUUGAAGGUAUAUGGAAUUUUGGUUACAAACAUGGCAACGUGACGGUCAUAUAGUGACAUCACAUGAAACAGGUCAAUAUGGGGAGGGGGAGCUCAGAUACUGUUUGUUGGUCUCAAUUAAUUUUUUGUUAUUUUUUUUUAGUCCUGAAAAUUCUGUCAACUCAAGCUCAUGUCAUUCCAAACACAUGACUUUCUUUUUUAUGCAAAGCACAAAUGGACAAAUCGUAAUGAUUAUUCUGGUCCGUCUUGUCAACACAAUGGCAGUCAAUAGGGACUUUAAAAAAAAAAAAAAAAAGACCCAAAAGCAUCAUAAGUAUUAUAAGUAUUAUAUGCGACUUGUUCGUCAUAUUCUUUUGAAUUCAUUUUUUUUCAGUGAAAAUCUUGACAUCCGUUGUAUGUUUGUGAACGCUAUGAGAGAAGCUAUUUUAGCAUGAUAAAUGUCCCGACACAAAUGGAUUAAGUAAAGCUGACAAGAAACUUUUUAGUUCAAUAAACUCAGUUCAUUUAAGUUCCCUUGCUUACAUGGGAUUUUUUAGUAAUAUGAACAUGGGAGGAUUGAGUAAAACUGAAAAUAUUGAAAGUUCUUUUUUUGAGUGCAGUACAGUCUUCCACAUAUCAAACAAAGACAUCUACAAACCACUGUCAAGUUUCAGGGCCGGCACUGGCCAAAUUGAAGCCCUACGCAGAGUUCCGCGAUCCUCAGACAGGGGUGGGGAGGUGGGGGGAGGGUGCUAGGUGAUAAUGUGGUGCGAGCUGUGAGGCGAUCAUCUGUGUUGUGCAACUGAUAUCGGGUCCUUGAAUAAAGUAUAAUGUGUGAGGAAUUGCAGCUGGUGGAGUGUCUGGUGCCCCCCUAGGUUAAGUUGGUGCCCCCAAGGGAGUUGGUUCCCUAUAUGCAGAUAGCAUAAUAUGCACAUAGGGAGUGGCAGUACUGUCUAGUUUGACAGCUGUAGACAUAUUAAAUUAUGACUCAUGCAUGCUGAUUUCAUGCCUAUAGGAUAAGGAUUGUUGAAUGCUUUUGGAAUGUGAUUAUAAUGCUGCUUUGUUUUUCCACAGACAGUAUCCAGAAUUGUAGUUAACCACAAGUUUUCUUUGGAGACAUUGGUCCAAGUAUGUUUAAAAAAAAUAAAAAAUAAAACAGGCAUUAAAACGAAACAAAGCAAACACCUUGCAUAUAACUGUGUCGGGCAUUCAAAAGUUUUCACAUUUGAUCUGUAUUCUCUCUCUUCUUGUAAUAACAAAUGUCUUUCCCCUACAGCUUCAAUCUUGUGAUGUUUGUAAAUAGUAAUUUACUUUAAUAUGU